GCGCUUCAGCAAGUCGCCUUUCGCCCCGUGCGCGCCCAUGCCAUGCGUGCCUUGGGCUUGCGGCUAGCCAGGCGAGGCAGUGUGGUCUACUUGGACGACCUCAAGGCCGCCGGCCAGGACCGUUCGAGGCAACAUGGCCACGGUGAGAAGCGGGCCAAGACGGCCAAGCCAGGGAAAUUCCCGGUGAAACUUGAGGUGCCAAGAGGUGUGCCAAUCCAUUUGUACACGGAUGACAUUGACAGGGACACGAAGCAGCAACUGAUCAACCUCUCAAGCAGCGGCAUCGCAGUUGGCUUCGUGGCAGCAAUGCCUGACGUGCACCUGGGCAAAGGGGCUACGAUUGGCUCCGUCUUCGCGUCGCGGGACUUCGUUUGUCCCAACGCAGUCGGGGUAGACAUAGGCUGUGGCAUGUGUGCUGUGCCAGUCAGUGGCUUGCUGCGGAAGGACCUCUCCGAGAAGAGGCUGCUGGCCAUCCAGCGGGGCCUCAGGAGCUCCAUCCCCACCGGCUUUGAGUCGCAUGGCAGAAGCACGAGCGCCAUGGAGUCCGCUAUAAAGAUGCUGAUCUCGAAGCAUGCGCCUACUCGCUGGAUAAGGGAGACGCUGAGUGGCAAGCACACAAGGCAGCUGGGCACACUCGGUGGCGGCAACCAUUUUGUGGAGCUCGUCUAUGAUGAGGAGGACCGCAUUUGGAUGAUGCUGCACAGCGGGUCGCGCAACAUCGGCAAUGUGACAGCUCAGCACUACGACGAGCUGGCUGCCAAGCAGUGCGGAGGAAGUCGCGAGGCCCUCGCCUACCUGAGGAUUGAGUCUUCGCAGGGCAAGCAAUACCUCACAGACAUGGCCUUCUGCCAAGCCUAUGCCUGGGAGAACAGGCGUUUUAUGAUGGAAGCCUUUGCAGAGGUGGUGAAGAAGGAAACGGGGCGUGAAGGUGUUUGGAGCAAAAUGGUAAACAUUCACCACAACUACUGCGAAUGUGAGCAGUGCAGGUAUUUCGACACGAGUGAGGAGAAGUGGAAGGAGGAGGAGCUGUGGGUCACGCGGAAAGGGGCGACCAGCGCCAAAGCGGGGCAGAUGGGGAUCAUCCCUGGAAGCAUGGGCACUGGCUCGUACAUCGUGCGUGGCAAGGGAGAGCCCAGCUCCUGGCAGUCGUGCUCCCAUGGCGCCGGACGAGCUAUGUCCAGAGCAGCAGCCUUCAGGAACAUUGACCCGAGGAGCUUCGCUGUUCACAUGCAAGAGCAUGGCAUUGUUUGGGAUGUGAAUCACGCCGACAAAGUUCGGGAUGAGGCGCCGAUGGCCUACAAGGACUUAGAUACAGUCAUGGAGAACCAGUCUGAUCUCGUGGAGGUCGUACACCACCUACAGCCCCUCAUCAACAUGAAGGGCUGGUGAUGAGACUCCUGUACAUAGUCGCAUUCCGCAUCGGUCCAGAUUGAGUCUGAAAAGGCAGUGGAUGUCAGGCUUUGCACUUCAAC